AUGGAAACUCCAGGUCGUGUGCAUGAAUUUUUCCAGAGACGUAAUGCAAAAGGGCGCGGAAGUGGUCGAAAACUGAGGAAUAGGGAUCCAUGGCAAGAGCCUAAGGCGGACGAGAGCGGGGAAUAUGGGCAAGAUAAUUCGCAGAAAAUUGUAACUCCUAUGGUGUUUAAACCGAAAAAGCGGAAACGUGAAAAACUGUUAAUCGACAAUUCGCAAUACGAAAAGAUGCCCAUCUGUGGUAUCGAAGUACGAUUACCAGUCGGUCUGAAGCCAUAUCCUUCACAAAAACUCAUGAUGGUUCGCAUAAUAACCGCACUGACGAAGAGGCUGAACCUGUUGGCUGAGAGUCCCACUGGAAGUGGAAAGACCAUGGCACUGCUAGCAUCGAGUUGUGCUUGGUUAGAAGAUUACAAGAAGAAGCGACAUGAGGCUAGAUCAACUUGCCCAAUCCACAGAGCUAAUAGCGAGGCUGAAAUGGCCUCUGGACUAUCAUCAGAAGUUCCAGCAAAACAUCAACCUAAUAAUCCAGAAACAGACGCUGAAAACAUCAAACUGGAAAUAAAAGUAGAGCCAACGCCAAUCACUCCAACAAGCAAGACUUCAUCGUUGUAUGACGAUGAGUUUUUAAAUGACUUUUCCGGCAGUCCAGCUCCACCGCAGAGUAAUGUGAAAAACGUAUCAUCAUCGAAAGUCGAACAUAAAGAAUGUUUGUGUUUACCUUUUGUAUUAAAUGAUCACUCAUCAGCUCUAUGCCUCGGUUACAGCCAUACUGUCAUGGCAAGUCGAGAACAGUCAUGUAUCAAUGUUGCCGCUAGAGAAUCAGCGGACGUCUCCGGGUAUUGCAAAGAACUUUUAUCUGCAGGCGGAAUGGGAUGUCGGUUCAAAGACGCCAUGAAAGGACGAUUUGAAAGGCCUCAAUAUGUGCGAUUCGCACUCGAACAAAUGAACUCUGUCGUUUUCGAUAUUGAACAACUAGUCGAUUCCUUAUCAUCAAUGUCGACUCCUAUAUGUCCAUAUUUCUCAUCGACGCGAAUACUCACGCAGGACGCCGAUAUUAUUUUUUGUCCAUUCAGUUACAUAGUAGAUCCGAUAAUCCGCAAUUCAUCUGAUGUUCAUCUGAAAAAUAGCGUUGUGAUUUUGGAUGAGGCUCAUAACAUCGAGGAUAAUUGUCGGGAAGCGGCUAGCUUCACUUUUUUUGAAAAAGAAGUUUCAGAUUCAUUGGGUAGCCUGAGGGAGAAAGGUGAAUUCGGAGUGCUAUGA